AAACAAAUAACACUCCCAGAAUCCAGGAACACCAACUCUGAAAACAAAAGCAGAAGGGAGGUACGAAGCGUCCGGCGUUCGAAUCGACUUGAACUUGCACGAAUGUCGCUGCUUGUUUUCAAGUGGAGUUCUAUCCGUCGGUUUAAAAGAAGUAAUGAGGUGACAGCCCAAUUGCUGAAUUCAUGACCAGUUCCAAGGUGAUGCUUGCCCACUAGAAGGACUGCACUACUUCUUGCCGAAAACAUGGCUGGCAUGCGACCCGUGUUUCUGAAGCCAAAAGAUGACGACUUAGUCCAAGAAGAUAAGUCCGACUUGGAUGCAGAUCAAAACACAUCAUUUAUCUACAACCCAAACCUUUCUCUGUCAUUGGACCAACACCGACAAAGACUACCUGUCUUCAAGAACCGAGAUCACUUACUGUAUCUGUUGGAGCAAUAUCAAACUGUAGUUUUGGUUGGUGAAACUGGUUGUGGCAAAAGUACUCAGAUUCCACAGUACCUGUAUGAAUCUGGUUGGUGUUCUGAUGGAAAACUUGUUGGUGUUACUGAACCACGCAGAGUUGCAGCUACAACUCUAGCAAGUAGAGUUGCAGAUGAAAAGGGAACCCCACUGGGUGGUUUGGUGGGAUACUCAAUUCGGUUUGACGAUACCUUUGAUCCUGUGAAUACCAGGAUAAAAUACAUGACCGAGGGAAUUCUACUUCGCGAAAUGAUGGCUGACCCUUUGCUGAGGAACUAUUGUGUGAUAGUGCUGGAUGAGGUGCAUGAACGAACCCUCUUGACUGAUAUUAUAAUGGGACUUCUGAAAAAAAUCCUGCAAAAACGGCGCACCUUGAAGCUGAUUGUAGCCUCUGCAACCGUAGAUGCUGAGCAGUUACGAGACUUUUUCAACUUCAAUGUUUCAAAGGACUCGAAGCAAAAAGAUUCUUCUGUGAUAAUUAGUGUUCAAGGACGGUUGUAUCCUGUGGAUGUAUUUUAUGUCAAAGAACCUGUAGCUGAUUAUGUCAAGGCCUCUGUAGACACAGCCAUGAAAAUUCAUGACUCUGAGCCCAAAGGAGACAUUCUAAUAUUCCUCACUGGACAUGAAGAAGUAGAUCGUGCAGUGUCUCUUCUAAAAGAGCACGCAUCCCAGAACAGAAACAGUGAAUUGAAGUUACUGCCGCUGCCAAUGUAUGGUUCCCUGCCUUAUGGUGACCAGCUCAAAGUUUUCCGACCAACUCCUAGAGAUCUUAGAAAAGUUGUGGUCGCUACAAAUAUAGCUGAGACCUCAAUUACAAUUUCUGGAAUAGUUUAUGUAAUAGAUUGUGGAUUUAUGAAACUACGUUGGUUUAAUCCAGAAACGCAGGUUGACUCUCUAGUGCUGGUUCCAACAUCACAAGCCUCAGCCGACCAACGUGCCGGGCGAGCAGGACGUGUCAGAUCAGGCAAAGCUUACCGUCUGUACCAGGAAGAAGAAUUUGAAAAGCUGGCUGCAGCCACUCCUCCAGAAAUGCAAAGGACAGAAUUAUCAGGAGCUGUUUUACAAUUGAAAGCAUUAGGCAUCAACAAUGUGCUCCGCUUUAAUUUUCCAUCUCCUCCACCUGCUAAGAACCUUCUAUCCGCAUUAGAACUUUUGUACGCUUUAAAUGCAAUUGAUGAUAGCGGGCAGUUAACUGAUCCCCUUGGUGUACAGAUGGCUGAAUUCCCAGUGUCACCUCUUCACUCCAAAACUCUGAUUACUUCUGGUGAGUUUGGAUGCUCUGAGGAGGUGGCAUCGAUAAUGGCUGCUUUGCAGGUUCAAAACAUCUUUACGAAACCAGGAGGACAAGCAGCAAUCAGAGCUCGUAUAGCUCAUCGUAAAUUUGAAGUUGCUGAAGGUGACUUGUUGACUUUGUUAAACGUGGUUGUAGGCUUCAAGAAGCAGGAGGGCUCCCGGGCAAAGCCAUGGUGCCAUGAAAACUUUUUGAAUUAUAAGGCUCUAAAAAGGACUGAUCAAAUAAGGAACCAAAUAAUCAAACUUCUCACAAAGUUUAAGAUACCAAUAACUUCCUGUAAUGGUAGGUCUGAAAUUGUGUGCAGGUGUAUUGCUGCUGGUUUCUUCCCUAAUGCUGCUUAUUUGCACCACUCCGGUGUCUACCGCACUGUUCGAGGUGGACAAGAACUCCAUAUUCAUCCCAGUUCAGUUUUGUACACUUUGGAGCAACCCCAGUGGGUUCUAUUCAGUGAAAUUAUGAGCACAAACCGUACAUAUAUGAGGGACCUGACUGUUGUACAGCCAGAUUGGUUAGAAGAAUUAGCUCCACAUUUUUAUCAGAAAAGAUUUGAUAAUGACUAGAAGUAGAUAUAUAUUCAAAUUUCGGUGGUGAAGUGUGACUGACAUUUGUUCAAUGUAAAUAAGAAAAAAUAAAAAUGAGAGAAAUUCA